UGCAAACAGCGCUGCGCUGGGGUUAUCGGGGUCCCGCACCUGGGGGCGGCUCCUGCCAGCCCCGUCCCGCUGUGGGGAGCGCUGUGGCUGCGUGCCCGGCCCUUAUCCGGCCCUCCGCAGCCCCUCCGUGUGCCGCGGGUCAAGGCCGGCCCGGGGCCCCGCGUCACCGUCCCGGGGGUGUCGCAAGAGCCUCGGCGGGGGCACCGGGGAGGGGUCGCUCCCUCGGGGCCGCACUCGCGCUUUCGAGCGCUGCUUUUGUGCUCGGGGGGCAGCCCCGCGGGCGGGGGUCGCUGUGUCCCCCGGGGGCUCCAUCCUCCCGCUCUCCCCGGGGCGGCUCCGCGGUGCCCGGCGGGGCCGCUCCCGGUCCCUGACCCCGGUUAAUGAUUCGCCGCCGGGCGCUGCCCGCUGCCAGCGGGGCCGCUGGGCAAACAGCAGCCCGGGGCGGCGGGGGCAGCACCGGGAGCCCCAGCCCCGCUCGGGGGGCGCGGGGAGCGCUCCCCGUGUGCGGGGAACGGGCGGGAGGAGGUGUCCGAGCCCCGGGGGGAGCUCGGGGGUGGCUGCCCCGUUCGGGGGUGACUGUCCCGUUCGGGGGUGGCUGUCCCGUCCGGGGGUCACCGGCACGGGGUGCCCCGGCUCCGUGCAGCCCGAGGCGGGGCCGGGGGGCGGUUCCGCGGGGCCCCGUUAAAGCGGCGGCGGCCGGCGGCGGCCGGAGGCGGUGGCGAUGGGCAGCGAGGGCCAGCGGGGCCCGGCGGCGGCCCGGGGCCCGGGGCACGGCGACCCCCGGGCCCUGCGGAGGGACUGCCAGCACCGUGUACAAGUCCCCUGACUACGAGGAGCUGGCCUUUGCUCUGCUGCUGGAGCACCUUGUUGCCAUUGGGUACCCUCCUGAGAUCCUUGCCUACAAAUAUGACCCCACCUUCCCCACCCGGGGGCUGGUGUUUGAUGCCCUGUACGGGAACCUGCUGAAGGUGGAUUCCCACGGGAACCUGCUGGUCUGUGCCCAUGGCUUCCGCUUCCUCAAGGGAGCCGAAAUCCUCCACUAUUACCCCAACAAGUUCAUCCAGCGGGAUGACAUGAAACGCUUCCACAUCCUCAACACCCUCUUCAACCUCACGGAGGCCCACCUCUACGCCUGCCUCGUGGACUUCUUCACCAACUGCUCCAGAUAUGUCAACUGUGACACCGGCUACAAGCACGGGAACCUCUUCAUGUCCUUCCGCAGCAUGUUCCAGGACGUGCGCGAGGCCAUGGACCACGUCCACCUCUCUGGCUGCCUCAAGGAGAAGACGCUGGAGAACCUGGAGAAAUACGUGGUGAAGGAUCCCCGUGUGCCGCUGCUGCUGAGCCGCAUGAAGGAGGUGGGGAAGGUGUUCCUGGCCACCAACAGUGACUACACCUACACUGACGCCAUCAUGUCCUACCUGUUUGACUUCAGCAAUGAGGACAAGGCUGACGUCCCACGGCGCCCCUGGAGAUCCUAUUUCGACCUGAUUGUGGUGGACACCCGCAAGCCCCUCUUCUUUGCUGAGGGCACCGUCCUGCGCCAAGUGGACACGGACACGGGGAAGCUGCGCAUCGGGACGUACACGGGCCCCCUCCAGCACUGUGCUGUGUACUCCGGUGGCUCCUCAGAUGUGGUGUGUGACCUGCUGGGUGUGAAGGGCAAAGACAUCCUCUACAUGGGGGACCACAUCUUUGGGGACAUCCUCAAGUCCAAGAAGCGGCAGGGCUGGCGCACCUUCCUGGUGGUGCCCGAGCUGGCCCGUGAGCUGCAGGUCUGGACAGAGAAGAGCGAGCUGUUUGAGGAGCUGCGGAGCCUGGAUCUCUUCCUGGCCGAGCUGUACCAGCACUUGGACAGUGGCAGUAGCGAGCGCCCAGACAUCAGCUCCAUCAAGCGUCGGAUCCAGAAAGUCACACACGAGAUGGACAUGUGCUACGGGAAGAUGGGCAGCCUGUUCCGCUGUGGCUCACGUCAGACACUCUUUGCCAACCAGCUGAUGCGCUACGCAGACCUCUACGCUGCCUCCUUCAUCAACUUCCUCUAUUACCCCUUCAGCUACCUCUUCCGGGCACCUCCUGUCCUGAUGGCCCAUGAGUCAACGGUGGAGCACUCUCGCCGGGACUCAGGGGACGUGGCCACUGCCCUUCCUCCCUGGCUGGCCCAGCAUGGUGACCCCCACCAGGUCCCUCAGGACUCAAGUGGGGAGGAGGAAGAUGAUGGAGAAGCCUGAGCACGCCCCAAGUGCUGCCGUGCUGCCCACGGGAGGAUUCAGUGGCCCUGGACCGCUUGCACUCAUGGCCAGCUACCACCUCUGGUGGCCACAGGAUGGCUGGUGGCCCUGACUCAUGGUCCCUGUCACGCCUGUCCCUGGGCAGCUGGGACCUUCUCCUGACUCUGCCCUGAGCCAGGAGAGGCUCCCCCCAAGUCUGCCAGCUCCUGCCCCUUUAAUUCAGAUCUGCCUGGUGCCCCUUUAGCUCAUCGCUCUCCCACCAGCUCAGUGCCAGCCUGGGGGCAUGCAGCAGCAGGGUGAAGAGGCAGUGCCACUGCUGCAGCAUCCCUGGCAGCCCCACUGCAGCAGCUGGGGUCCCAGCAGCUAAAAGCCCCUGUCCCUUUAGCCUCUGGGCCUGGCCAUGAGCACUGCAAUGCUGGGUGGAUGGGGUGGGGCUCUGCAGGUGACACCUGCUCCAGUGGAACCCCCUGCACCUGCUGUUCCUCUUUUUUUUCUUUCUACCCUUUUCUAUUUAUAAAAGAGACACAAAACUCCUGGCACCGCAGAGACAUAAAAUUGGUUUUAAAGGAAAACUGCUUUGUCCCUGCACCUGGGAGCUGGGGGAAAGGGCAGUCCCCAAAUCCUUGUCCAGCAGCUGGGGCAAGCACAAGCUGCUAGGGAGAAAGUGGAGCUCCAAGUUAUCCCCAGCUCUGUGGUAAUCACAUAUCCUCUGAGCACAGAGAGACAUAGCCCUCCUAGGAUUCUCCUGGGAAGCUGUGAGAAGCUAUGAGAAAGCUCAGAGAAAGAAUUAAAACAAUGAUCAUCUCAAUCUCUGCCCUUGGCAGGCAAUCUCUGUCAAAGAUGUUUACAAGAAGGAGUUGUCCCUUCUUGACUAGUAGGUACGAGAAGAUUCCUAAAGGCCAAUCAGGUCUUAGGUCCACCAUUGUUUCUAUAAGAAUUAUGGAUUUCUAAUAAUAAAGUGCUUUUUCAUGCCUUCUGG